UUCAGCUUUGCACUCACACAAUGGAUGUUACAAUUCAUCACCCCUGGAUGCGCCGACCCCCACUGUCUCCCUCGUUUUUCCCUAGCCGAAUUCUAGGACAGAGGUUCGGAGAAGGGGUCCUGGAGUCGGAUCUAUUCCCUGCCAUGCCCAUGCCGAUGACCCUUAGCCCGUACUACUAUAGUUCUCCCAGCAUCCCACAGCCGAGCGAAGUCGGACUGUCAGAGGUGAAGUUGGAUAAGGAUCAGUUCUCGGUUCUCCUGGAUGUGAAACAUUUCUCUCCGGAGGAGUUGAACGUCAAGGUUGUGGGAGAUUCCGUGGAAGUCCAUGCCAAGCACGAGGAGCGCCCGGAUGAACAUGGAUUUAUAUCCCGAGAGUUCCACAGAAGGUACAAGAUCCCCCCGACAGUGAACCCCGGGGCCAUAUCCUCAGCUCUGUCUGCAGAGGGGCUUCUGUCUAUCCAGGCCCCCGUCACUGCCAGUGGGAAACAAGAAGAGAGGAGCAUCCCCAUAGCCAGAAAGGACAAGUAAAGCCAAAGCCACCCAGUGUGUCCCUCCUACUGACACCAACACCCACACAUGGGACCUACCCCAGCGGCUCCACCACCAGGAUCUCCCAACUCCCUUGUCUGGCUUAUGGGUCACUUAUACACCCACAGGACCCACCCAAUGCAACUGUCCACUAACAGCACCCACACCCCAAUAUAGGGCACCCCCAGACUACGUGCAGCACCUGGAGGCUUCUGUGUGUAUCAGCCAGUGCAUCUGCCCUAAAUAAGCAGCACCCAGAGACUCCCCUGGAUCUGAAUCUUCUCUUUCAUGAUGUUUGCAAUAAAUUCCUUUCUAAUAAAAAUAGUCUGGUAUCA